UAUUAUGUUCUCUCUCCAAGCUUAACCAAUUAAGACAAAAAAUAUUGUUUCAUAAUGUGUUGACUUUCAAAGGUGAAACAGUGGAUUACCUGCAGCAACAUUUUGUUGCAGUAUGUAUUUCUGAAGCUCAUGAUACGGUUGCCAUUGGAAGCAAGAAACAACAUCAUCAAUCUGCUUGACAACUUGAACUUGGAAAAGUCUUCAGUGCCGGAGGUCAAAAACACAAGAAGAUGUGGAGAGGAUGUCCUUACCGGUGCCUCAGGAUGGCACUUAUUGGGGUACUCAUGUGGCAAAGCCCAAAAGCACAGUGCUCAAAUAUUAAAGAAGAUGCAACUGAAAACACCAUCAGAGUAUUCCAAAGAAAUCUCCUGGAAGAUAGCAGCCAGUCUGGGAACGACACAGCAGUCGACCCAGGCAGUAACGCGGGCUCCUGGCCAUACCUGCUGGCCGCUCUUCUCACCAUGAUCGCCGUGCUCCUCUUCAUCUUCAUGGCUGUCAAGUUACGACUCUUCCAGCGCUACCUGGCCAGCUACCGCCACAUGCUCCUGCAAGAGGGCGACACCGCCAGCCAGUGCGAGCCGCGAGGCCUUGAGGUUGAGGUGGGUUUCGCCCCCUCCAGCGUGAUGGAGAGGGUUCCCCCGCGCCGCCGCGGCCCCCUGGAGCCUGACGAUGACGACGACGGGUUCAUCGAAGAUAACUACAUCCAGAGUGGGGAGAGAGAACGGGUGGAGAGGGAGAGAGAGCAGGAGAGGCGUACAGCAGGGGACGAUAGUGAUGAUGAUGAGCUGGACCUAGACCAGUAUGAGCUGGACCUAGACCAGUUCACCAUUGGAUGAGAU